AGAGAAGAAAAGACACUCCCAAACUGCUCCCCAUUGCCCAUUGGCAGUUUGGCGAGUGAUCUAACUACUUGAGGGAAAGGCUACUGCAGCAGGAGUCACGGAGGCAUUGGUUAUAAGGGCCCCCAAAACUCUUUCCCUGAGCUUGUCAACAGGUGUCAGAGAGACACAGUGGAGCAACGGAUUCACAGGCUUUUGAGAGCAGGGAGUCACAGGGAACUGCAACGUAGCAAUGGCCAACAGACUUCACUGGCUUACAAGAACUCUAUGCCUGAUGUGCACUGUCACUACAACUAUGACAGAGGACUCUGCAGCCCCCGUUGAAAAGGGAGUUACCUUCAGCCACGUCUAUAAGAUUGACUUGGCCAAGAGUCCUGACUGCAAGCUGGCCUUACAGGGCCUCCCCACCCAGCAGGACCAAAAUUCAGGCCCACAGGAGCUACAGGGGGUUACUACUCUGGAGGGAGAUAACGACAUAGUCUUCAGGCACCAAAUUAACCUCAACACCCCAAAGUGUGACUGCGAGGAGUCGGAGAGCUUCCAGUCCCUGGUUUACAGGCUGAACGGGUUAGAGGAAGAGGUGGAACACCUUAAGAGUCAGUGCUCUCAGGGCUGCUGUGGCAAAGGUGGCGGACCCGGAGGCGUGGACACUAGCUGCAGUGGCCACGGGACCUAUCAACAUGACACCUGCCGCUGCCAGUGCAAUCCAGGCUGGGAGGGCCCCGACUGCUCCAUCUCCACCUGCCCCGAUGAGUGCAACGACCAGGGGCGCUGCGUGGACGGGAAGUGUGUGUGCUACUCCGGGUACACGGGGAGCGACUGCGGCCAGCAGAGCUGCCCGGGCGACUGCAGUGAUAAGGGACGCUGCGUGGACGGGAAGUGCGUGUGCUUCAGCCACUUCACGGGCGAGGACUGCAGCGAGCAGAAGUGCAAUCCCGAAUGCGUCCAUGGCACCUGCGUGAAUGGAAUGUGCGUCUGUGACGAGGGCUUCUUCGGGGACGACUGUUCUGCAGUGGUGGGCCCAACUGGCCUCCGCCUGGUCAGCUCGACUGACAUAUCUCUCCUGGUGGAGUGGGAGGCUGUGAGAGCAGCGGAGUACUACGUCCUGAAAUGGCACCCUGAGGACACAGAGGCAGACCUGGAGCAGAUCACUGUGCCCAACACUGACACCUCCUACCUGAUCACAGGACUCAGCCCAGGGGUCACCUACAUAGUGCAGGUUUAUGCUGUCAUCAAGGAGAUCAACAGCAAGGCAGACCGAAUAGAGGCAACCACAGAUGUUUCUGGUAUUGAUGGCAUCCGGGUAUUGGGCCAGACGGAAGACUCUAUCCAGGUGGACUGGCAGAACCCUACGGCCCCAUUGGACCACUUCAGACUGACCCACGCCGGCCCCGAUGGCCAGGAAGAGGAGCAAAAUGUAGCCAUGAGUGCAGAGGCAAGAACUAUCUACACCAUCACAGGACUGUUCCCUGGUACGGAGUACCUCAUCAGAGUGCAAGGCAUCAGAGGGAACAUUGAGGGGAAAGCCUCCUCUGUCACUGGGGUCACAGAUCUGGAUGCUCCGUCUAACUUACUGACCAAAGAAGUCACUGAGGACACCGCAACAGUAGAAUGGCAGAAGGUACAAGGAGAGAUCGACCGCUACGUGAUCAGUUACAGCUCUGCUGAUGGCUCCAGUGGGGAGAUCCCUGUGGGUGCAGACAGCAGUUCCUACAGGCUGACAGGGCUGAAACCUGGAGUCUCCUAUACAGUCUACAUCUGGGCUGUCAAGGGCUCCCGGGUCAGCAGGAAGAGCUCCACAGAAGCUGAGACAGAACUAGAUGCUCCUACUAACCUGUUAACCAGAGAAGUGACUGAAGACACAGCCGAUGUGUCCUGGGUCAGACCUCAAGCGGACAUCGACGGAUACGUGAUCAGUUACAGCUCUGCUGAUGGCUCCAGUGGGGAGAUCCCUGUGGGGGCAGACAGCAGCUCCUACAGGCUGACAGGGCUGAGACCUGGAGUCUCCUAUACAGUCUACAUCUGGGCUGUCAAGGGCUCCCGGGUCAGCAGGAAGAUCUCCACAGAAGCCUAUACAGAUCUGGAUGCUCCUACUAACCUGUUAACCAGAGAAGUAACUGAAGACACAGCCGACGUGUCCUGGGUCAGACCUCAAGCGGACAUCGACGGAUACGUGAUCAGUUACAGCUCUGCUGAUGGCUCCAGUGGGGAGAUCCCUGUGGGGGCAGACAGCAGCUCCUACAGGCUGACAGGGCUGAGACCUGGAGUCUCCUAUACAGUCUACAUCUGGGCUGUCAAGGGCUCCCGGGUCAGCAGGAAGAUCUCCACAGAAGCCCAGACAGAUCUGGAUGCUCCUACUAACCUGUUAACCAGAGAAGUAACUGAAGACACAGCCGACGUGUCCUGGGUCAGACCUCAAGCGGACAUCGACGGAUACGUGAUCAGUUACAGCUCUGCUGAUGGCUCCAGUGGGGAGAUCCCUGUGGGGGCAGACAGCAGCUCCUACAGGCUGACAGGGCUGAGACCUGGAGUCUCCUAUACAGUCUACAUCUGGGCUGUCAAGGGCUCCCGGGUCAGCAGGAAGAUCUCCACAGAAGCCCAGACAGAUCUGGAUGCUCCUACUAACCUGUUAACCAGAGAAGUAACUGAAGACACAGCCGACGUGUCCUGGGUCAGACCUCAAGCGGACAUCGACGGAUACGUGAUCAGUUACAGCUCUGCUGAUGGCUCCAGUGGGGAGAUCCCUAUGGGGGCAGACAGCAGCUCCUACAGGCUGACAGGGCUAAGACCUGGAGUCUCCUAUACAGUCUACAUCUGGGCUGUCAAGGGCUCCCGGGUCAGCAGGAAGAUCUCCACAGAAGCCCAGACAGAUCUGGAUGCUCCUACUAACCUGUUAACCAGAGAAGUGACUGAAGACACAGCCGACGUGUCCUGGGUCAGACCUCAAGCGGACAUCGACGGAUACGUGAUCAGUUACAGCUCUGCUGAUGGCUCCAGUGGGGAGAUCCCUGUGGGGGCAGACAGCAGCUCCUACAGGCUGACAGGGCUGAGACCUGGAGUCUCCUAUACAGUCUACAUCUGGGCUGUCAAGGGCUCCCGGGUCAGCAGGAAGAUCUCCACAGAAGCUGAGACAGAAAUCGAUGCACCCAAACACCUGGAAGCAUCAGAUGUGAAGCUGGAUGCUGCAGUGCUGACCUGGACUGCUCCCCUGGCCAGAAUUGAAGGCUACAUCCUGACGUACAGAGCUGAGGAUGGCAGUUUGAAGACCGUGGAGCAGAAACUCCAGGCAGGAGAGAGUAGAUACGCCGUGUCAGGCUUGGAAAUGGGAAAGAGCUAUGUUGUGACCCUCGUCGCUUACAGAGGAUCAAAGAGAAGCAGAUUAAUAGAGAUCACUUUUAAAACAGUGGGCGUAUUGUACCCCUUCCCCAUGGACUGUAGUCAGAUUAUGAAGAAUGGGAACAGGGCGAGUGGAAUCUACACCAUUUAUGUCAACAAUGACCGCACCAAGCCCAUGGAAGUGUUCUGUGACAUGGAUACUGAUGGAGGUGGAUGGCUGGUGUUGCAGAGACGCAACAAUGGACAGAUGGACUUCAUGAAGCGCUGGAGACCGUACCUGUCCGGCUUUGGGAACAUGACUGAUGAGUUCUGGCUGGGCCUGGAAAACAUCUACCAGCUGACCAAUACACCGACGCAGUACGAGCUGCGGGUGGACCUUGGUUUGGGCUCAGAGAAAGCCUAUGCCGUCUACGACAACUUCAGGAUAGCCCCAGUAAAGCAGAAGUUCAAACUGACCAUCGGCAAUUACAGAGGAACAGCAGGCGAUGCCAUGACCUAUCACCAAGGUCGCCCCUUCUCCACGAUUGACAAUGACAAUGACAUUGCUCUUGGGAACUGCGCCCUGACACAUCGCGGCGCAUGGUGGUAUAAGAACUGUCACCUCGCCAACCUCAACGGCAAAUUUGGAGACAACAGGCACAGUAUGGGAGUGAACUGGGAACCAUGGAAGGGUCACCUGAUGUCACUUGAUUUCACUGAGAUGAAGAUCAGGCCUGUGGGCCCUGCCAGGAAGAGGAGGUCGCUUAGCCGCCGAACAGCUCCAAGAAAAUAGUCCCUUGGACGAAUUAGGUUAAUGGGCACCUAAUUGCAAAGCUAGACCCUCAAAUCAGGAAUGUCGCUGAAUCUCAAAAUAACUGUGUAACCUUGUGUAGCAUCUCACGCGGUUCCAUCCAUGUACCCACAGGUUUAUUUUCAACAGGAUAUUUGUAUUACGUUUGUUGAUUUCAUAUUUUAUGAACAAGUGAACUCAUAGUAUUAUCAAAUGUGCAAAGGGAUUAUAUAUUGCAUUAGCAAUGUACCUCAGUUCUAUGAUUACGUUAUACAUGCUGGCGGUAUGGCAUACCUCUACCACCGUAAUUAUUCAUAAUCCGCUAGAUGACCCAAAGAAACAAUGUUUUAGAAUAGUUUUACUGAACUUGUUCCCAUUUGUAAUAUAGCAUAGAUCCCUGACCCUCACUUCUAAGGUUUUGUCCCCAGCCUUCAGGCCUUUUCCAAGGAAGCUAGUCCAGAAUAUAUUUUAUAUCAUGCGCACUUUCAUCAGGAAACAGGAAAGAGAAUGCAUAACUAACUCUUCUGCUUAUAAGACUUUUGUUUUUUCAAAUUUGUCUUUUCAAAUGGUUGAAUUAUGUUCCACACACUCUCUGAAAAUAAAGUCCCCUGAAAUAUAAGAAUUCCUUUCAGAUUUUUAGACUACUUCUAUGGGACAUGGUUUGCACAGUGUUUAUAAAGCAUAUAAUAAAC